UUCUUAAUCUUGAAAAUCUAUAUGAGAGCUUGUAUGACUUGUUAAACCAGUAUUAUAUUCAUCAUGGAGGCCAGAGGUAUGUUGACCUUGGGCUACAAACUCACAGAGUUAAAUGCCGUGUACACCAUAAGUUUAAGCUGAUUUUGAUAGCAGAGAAAGCUACCGUCUAUACAAAGCUUCCUACCCCACUUAUCAACCGACUUGAGAAACACUUUUUAUUGUCAGAGACAGUUCUUUUGGGAUGGCAAAAGGAAGUUCUUAAGAAUCUUAUUAAAUGGAUAGACAAAUUUGGUGAAAUCUGUACAUCAGAUAGCAAGUUUACAAAACAAGAUGCUUUUAUAGGCUAUCAAUGUGAUACCCCAGCUUCAGUUAUUUUCAAGCUACUCAUGAAAUACAACAGGAAGGUCAAUACAUUGAAAGUGAAGUCUCAGAAGAAAUACAGGGGGCUGUAUUAGAGUGUGGUAAGAAGAUGCUGUUACAAAUGGCAUCACCAGAAGCUCUAAUACGAUUGAAAUCUACUUCACUGGAGGAUGAGCAGAAACACUUAAGUCAAAUUUAUUAUUUUGAGCAGCAUCAUGGCUCUAUUGUUGAAUUUCUUAAUUAUCAUCUUCAUAAAACUCAUGAUUUGUCUGGACUUUUGAUACAAGUAACAACUCAUAGUCACCUUCUUUCAAAACAUGAGGCAAAUGAGUUAUACAGGAGUGUUUAUAUUAAGAAUGGAGGAUGCCAUUUACUGCAAGAGUUUUAUACUGAGAUGAAUUUUAGUCACAAAAUUAGUCCUUCAUUUUCUGAUAAAGAGGAAUCCCUAUUAAUUAUUCAGUGUGACUCUGGGCACCUGUAUGGUGAUUUGUUAGCAUGUGCUCAACACCGUAUUAUUGAUGAGAGAGAGGAGAAUAAAAUGAGGCAUAAAAAAGGAGAAGGAAUUACCCAUGUUCUUUUUAUUGUACACCUUCCGCGUCAAAUUAAUGCUACAAAUAGCUCUUUUGUUGGGUUUCAAGGACGAUCCUGCAUUUCAGCUCACAUUGAUGACAUCAGGCCUCCUCUUGAAUCUGAUCUUAUGCUUGAUGAUGCUCAAAAUUCUCCUAUUAGUCAUCUGUUUUAUAAUGGGCAAUUUUUGAUUGAUGAGGAAAUGGAAAUAGAACAUACUACAGUUAUAAUGAAGGAAGACUCUGAUAUGAUUCAAUCAGAAGAAGAGGUAAUGAAAGAAAAUCAAUCACUGGCAAGGACUCAGUCAGACAAUAAAGAGGAAGAUAUUUCUGGUAAUGCAGAGGAUUUAGAAGAGCAUUCUGCUAAUGAUAUGCAAGAUUCUAAUUUCAAAGAGAGUGAUGAUGCUGAGAUUCCUGCCAGCACAACAAAGGAACACUCUCAAUGCAGUCGAUUGUAUAACUGCAUUCAAGCAGCAGUAGCUUCAUUGAUUGAAACUGGAGAUUCUAGGAAACAAACAACAGCAGCUAUGAGAGUCGAAAUAUUACUGAAGUACAUUCCACCGAAUCCUUCAUUUCCCUUAGGUACUAUGCAUGCAGUGAAAGAUUUUCAUGGAAUGUAA